GCAAUACACGGACCAAACGACGUAGUUUUUAAUCGGUUCACGAUCGGGAAUACGUGGAGGAAGGAGAGACGGGAGGACGGCCGCCCGCCGCCCUAGCAGAGUCAAUUCGGAUUUGACUCCACGCUUCCAGGAAGAAUUUCCAGAACCUCUUGUCAAAGCCACGUUCAACUAUUUUGUCCAUGUGAAUGUGUUCAACAAUCUGGAUGAACCACUACUCUUUACUUGGAAUGGCAUACAACGACGGCUAAAUUCAUGGCAAGGAGUAUCUGGCACCAACUGCCCAAUUCUGCCAGGCACAAACUGGACUUAUGUGUUCAAGACCAAGGACCAGAUUGGUAGUUUCUUCUACUUUCCCUCUUAACUUCCAAAAUGCUGGUGGAGGAUUCAGUCCAAUUUGGAGUCAAUAAUCCUGCAGUCAUCCCUGUACCCUUUGCGAACCCUGAAGCUGAGCUCGAUCUUCUCAUCGGUGAUCGGUACUAUGAUGGAUACAAGGAAUGGCAUACAACAACGGCUAAAUUCAUGGCAAGGAGUAUCAGGCACCAACUGCCCAAUUCAGCCAGGCAAAACUGGACCUAUGUGUUCCAGACCAAGGACCAGAUUGGUAGUUUCUUCUACUUUCCCUCUCUUAACUUCCAAAAUGCUGGUGGAGGAUUCGGUCCAAUUUUGGAGUCAAUAAUCAUGCAGUCAUCCUUGUACCCUUUGCGAAUCCUGAAGCUGAGUUCGAUCUUCUCAUCGGUGAUUGGUACUGUGACGGAUACAAGGUGGAACUUGACAGCAGGAGCAGCAAGGCCUAAUCCGCAAGGAACCUUCAAUGUUGCAAAUGUAAUGUAAUCCUGUCACAUACCUUCAUCCUUCAAAGCUCAAUGGGUGAGAUCUAUGGCGUGCCACGAUAUCUUGUCAACAAUGUCUCAGAUCAAGACGGGGAGACACCCCAUUGAAACUUGCCGAUGACUUUGUUAAUGGAUCCGGUGUAUACCAACUUGAUUCGCUUCCCAUUCUAUCUGUCAAUGCUGCUGCAUACGGAGUAUCUGUUGUUACUUGAAACAUUAAGGGUGGAUAGAACUUUUGUUUAAAAUAAUCUUAACGCCAUGGAUUCUUGGCAUUUAGGUGGCCUUGGGUUUCACGUUGUUGGAUAUGAAACAGAAGCAGCUAAGGAAUGCCAAACUCAACUUUUCCAUAAGAAAAAAGAGUUUUUUUUUUUUAUUUUAUUAAUGAUGGCCUUUUAGGUUUUGCUAUGGAGAUUGGACAACAGAUUCUUGCAGUACCUACAAAUACAAUCUUGUUGAUUCUGUGGUCCGCUCGAUGGUGCAAGUGUACCCUGGAGGCUGGAUUGCAGUUAUUGCAUUUUUAUAAAAUCCUGGAAUGUGGAAUUUGAGGUCACAACUCUUGAAAAAUUUGUUCUUAGUCCAAGAACUCUACAUAAGAGUCCAUAAUGAUGAUCCCAACCCUGUCAAGGAGAACCUUCUUCUAUGUGGUUAGUGCACCAUAUUUUCGACUUUUUGGCCUUGACAUAUGACACCAGAAUAGCUUUAGUAAAUUGUUGCUGCAAUCAGUCUGGCUCCUGCUCUUGAGGCAGGAAUUGUCGGUGACUGUUAGCGAUUCAGUUAGUUCACCAUCUCCUGCUCCUUGGACAGCAUAGUGAUAUGGAAUGCUAACAACGAAGUGAUGGUUAGUACAGACUAGUUUCUUGAUCAGUUUUCUUAAUUUGUUGCAUCAUUACAAACUUCUUGUACCAUUGUAGUUAGUUUAGUCCGACAAUUCUGUGAUGGUGGCUGCACAAUAAUGAGAAGAUCCAACAAUUGUUCAACAUUGGAUUCUUAUUUCU